AUGUCCGACGUUCCUUCGUCUCAGACGUCGACAAGCGAAGAUGGCAUCAAGCUAUCCAGAUACAAGAUCAUGACUGUCAAGCGUGGAUUCAGUCAAGAGGGUGAUGAAUUGCUCGAUUAUCUUGAGAAAGGCGCUUUUCAUGCACUUGAAAAGCAGUAUCUUCGAAAGAUGAUAUUCGCUCUUUACAUCAACAAGGAUGAUCCGCACAAUAUCAUAGAAGCUUGGACAUUUGACUUCUCGUAUGAAGUCUUUCCGGGCACUAGUACCCGUAUCCCGAUCCUCAAUGUCACGGAUACCCAUAAUAGCAGAUAUCAGACUAGCAUGGCAUCUGUCGAUCCAAAGACUAAUUUGCUUCGCCCUCCCACCCUCGCGGAUGUCAAAGCUAGCAUACGCAGUACUAUUCAUAAACUUAUCGCCAUUACACAAACCCUGGAGGAUUUGCCUCGAAAGCGCUAUGCCACCUUCAAGCUAGAAUAUUACCCAAACGCGCCAGACGACUAUGAACCGCCUCUCUUCGUUCGUGGCGACCCUACAGCCAGUAGAAUGACCUUCGCAACCCAUGAUGUUGCAGAAGCUCCUCUUCGUAUGAAAAUAGGUCAAAUCAAUACCUUUUUCAACAAUGUAUCUGUCUCGGUUCAAUCAGUUGCAGGGGCGCUCCCUUCUGCGGAGUCAACCGAAGAUCAUGCACACGUGAUCAAAUUAGCCACAUCAGGUAAUCGACACGACUAUGCAGCGUCACAUCAAGAGCAAGUCGUCGAGGAAGAACUACUAGCAGACGCCCAGAAAAGAAACAUCAUUUGGGAUGCAGAGAUCUCUGUCUCAACUAAUAUAGACGAAGACAUUACAACGGGGUUGCUCGGCGAGCGAACAGAGAGCGGCACUCUUGCACCACUUGGCCAGUUCGUCGUAGGCAAAGCUGCCCGUGAGAUCACUCACGUCAGCCAACUUGGCGAGUCGGCGUCAAGCGAUCAAGGAGCGACUCAAAUUGAAGAAAUGACCCCCCGAGGCAAUAACACAGACGGCUACUCUACUCUCUCAGACAUGGGCGAAUGUCCACAAUCUCGUUCCCCCGAACCAGACACACCAUUCCAUGAACAACUAGGACAGCUCAAUAUCUCAGAAGACAUGAAUGCCACCACGGUUUCCGGAAACUCUUAUGCUGUGAUGGACUUGGAAACGCAGCACGUAUCGGCGAGUUGGACAUCAGAAAAAGCUUCCUUGGGUCAAACUGCUGAGGCGGUCGAUGUUGAAUGCGACUGUGCUGCUCAUGUACGCGGCAUCUACGAAGCGCAACAAGAAACUAAUGCCCGAUCCAGAAAGGUACCGAAGACUAUGAUGUUUGUCAGUGUGAAGGGCCUUGCGGAAGAUGGGUGCAUCUAUGGUGCCAUGGUCAGGUAUCAUGACUCUGAGGAUCCACGCUUGCCUCGGAGCUUCAAAUGCUUCGAGUGUCGUCUGCGAGCAUCUCAAGCUAGCUUGAUUACGGGUGAAAGUUUCAUCAGAGAGUAUGUGUUGAAGUAUCGAGAAUUGGCACUCUUCCGUCGCGCGCUGAAGAUCAUCGAAAUCGAGAAUCCCCCAAGCGCAUCUGAGUUUCGGAAACUUGUCGGUGCCCCUCCUGCAGUGGCCUCACAACUCUGGAAAAGACUAGAGAAUGACGGUUUCAUUGGACCAGAAAUGGUGGAUGAGGACGGGCUGGGCUUAUUUGAAACACGUUCCACUCACAUGAAAGCCGGGGGAGGGAGAGCCAAAGUACGAAAAACAGCGAAGACGCGCUAUACCAAGAAUCCAGCAAUCUCGACCAUGAUGGCUCCAUACUUCGACCCAAGCGAGAAUGCCGAAAGGAAGCUAGUUGGUCUGGGAAAAGAGUCACGCCGUAAACGGGCGGAACCGCCUGUAACUGAGGAAAUUUUCGAUGGUCGCCUCCCGCUCUCACCAAUUCGGGAUCAGAACAAGAGAAAGGCAUUUGGUGGUACUCAAGGCUCCGAGGGCAAGUCGUAUAUGCUGAGAAAGACGCCGGAGCGAUCCCUCUCCAACACCGGAAAGCGCAAGAUGAGAGAAGUAGAAAUGGAAAAUGCAGAAAGUUCGGGACUACGUCGCUCCAAACGCAUCAAAGUGUCUGUGGCGAAGAAGGACGUCGACCUAGACUGGUAG